AAGCGCGUAAGGCGGAAUACGGGUGGGAAAACUAUAAUACAGUAUCUACCCAAAUCGGCUCAUCAGAGAGCGAGAAAAAUCGACUUUUCUCAACAAACAGAUCGUCAAAGUGACUCUUGUGAUCGUCUAAGGCGACGAUGGGGGUGUCUACAGUAGUCUGUGCUGUUUUACUGUGUGGAGGGUUUGUUUCUACUUUCGGAGAUCAACACUCUCUGUACUACAUUUACACCGCUCUCUCCAAAGAUGUCGCUCUACCAGGGAUCUAUGAGUUCACAGCACUGGGUCUGCUCGAUGACCGGGAGAUCGACUACUACAACAGUAAGGAACAGGUUAAGAUUCCUAAGCAGGACUGGUUGAAGGAGAAGAUGCAGCCAGAUUACUGGGACAAAGGCACCCAGUCUCGCAAGAGCAAAGAGCAGUGGUUCAAGGUCAACGUGGACAUCCUGAUGCAGCGAAUGAGACACAAUCAGACCGACCUUCACGUUCUUCAGUGGAGACAUGGCUGUGAGAUCGAUGAAGCAGAUGGAAGUGUCAGAUUUCUGAGAGGCAUUGAUGAGUACAGCUACGAUGGGUCAGAGUUCCUCUCCUUUGAUGAUGACAACAUGCGGUGGAUCGCUCCAGUUCCAGAAGCUCUGCCAACCAAAAGGAAAUGGGAUGAUGUGCCCAUCCUGAACCAGUACACCAAGGGUUACCUGGAGAAAGAAUGUGUGGACUGGCUCACCAAAUUCAUGGAGUACGGAAAAGAAUCACUGAGAAAACACUCUCCACCGCCUGUUCAUGUGUUUGCGAAGAAAUCUACAACUAACUCAGGAAAGCUGACCCUGACCUGCCUGGCCACGGGCUUCUACCCCAAAGACGUGGUGGUGAGUGUGAGGAAGUUCCGCACUUCACUUCCUGAACACCUACUAACAUCUUCAGGAGUCAGACCCAAUGAUGAUGGAACCUACCAGCUGAGGAAGAGUGUGGAGAUCCAGGAGGACGAUACAGCAGAAUAUGACUGUUAUGUGACUCACGUCACCCUCAAAAAACCGAUAAUUAAACAAUGGGAUGGAAGCUGCAAGGACUGUACAUGGACAGGGAUCAUUGUGGGUUUCGUUGUAGGAGUUCUGGUAACAGGGACUGUGGUGGUUGUGGUCAUCUUUUUCAUCAAAAGGAAAGGGAUCAUUGUGAUCUCCAGCCCCAAAAACCUCAAAGUUGUGGAGAUCAAAGCAACGUCUGUUAAGGUCCAGUGGGAGAAAUCACUGGGGGAGAUUGACAGAUACAUCCUCUUGGUUUCACCGAGUCAGACAAAUGGAUCAAGUUUAAGUCGGGAGAUCCAGGUGACAUCUGGGGAAGAUGCUGCUGAAAUUGAUCAUCUGGACCCUUGUCGUUUGUACAUCAUCACUCUGGUUGCAGAAAAAGAUGGUGCACGGAGCAAACCAGCAACUGUGCAGACGACUACUGGGUCUAAAGCUGGUCGUUCUGACUCCAUUUCUGACUCAGAGGACAGCAGCAGUACUGAAAACAUUACAACGAGCACUGAUGCUUCUCACUCUGGAUUCAGAAGCUCUGAUAAAACUACUGUGAUGCACAGAACCUUCAAUGAUCCUGGUAGAAAGGCACAUGGUCCACCUGCAGAGGAUCAGCGGCCACUGCUUUGAGUGGUUUUGUAACCAAUACUUUUAUCUGUGAUAUGCGUGUCCAGAAAUUGCCCUGGAAAUGCAUAUAGCUAGUCACACUAGUAACACUAUGUGUCCUCAUGAUAUAUGUAUGCUUUAUUUGCUAUGCAUGUUACUCAUAAAUUUAGGGUGGACUGUCUCUGUGUCUAGGUUGACAAUAAAAACAUACAAUAGAAAUAAAAACCUGAAAGCAUAGAAUAGUUUCUGAAAGGGGCAGUGUGGGUAGAUUGGAUAGGAAUGUGGGAAAGUUUCUACACUGCAAAUGAGAAGUGUAAGUACAUUUGAAACAUGUUGGAAAUAAUGGAAAUCAUGUAUUUUAUUGCAAGUAAAGUGAAGUAAAGUCCAUUGGAGCUGAACUCCAGAUCAUCCAAGAUUAUAUACCAGCACUCUCAUUUACAGUAUGGACUCUUUACCAUUCACUGACCUGAAGUCAGUACUUUCACAUCACUCUUAUCUUAACAGAAAUCAUCCACAUGAAACUGCACUCCACUAUUCAUCUGGUCAUGAUAAACAUAGGAAGAAGAUGAUACAAGUAGAAAGUUGGUGAAUAUACAGAACAGAAGUUAAGCAGAUCUGCUUUUAAGCAAAAGCUGAACAAGCAUGAAAUCAUUAAACUUAUUGCUAGAAAAGCAUUAAUAUUAAGUCUCUCUUUCCAGCAUUUCUUUUUAGCACUAUCUGUUGCAGUGUACUGAUUUUAAUAAGUUUUUAAGAACACAUACAUGUUUUUUUUAUGUACCUCCUUGUGGUUUUACUUUUGUAACUAUGUUCAUUUUUUCAUACAGUACUUUUUUCUGUAAUAUUGUCAUAUAAAUAAAGUGGUUUAAAAAG